AUGAAGAAAGAACAAGUAAAGAAGAAAGAACAAGGAAAGAAGAUAAAACAAGAAAUGAAGAAAGAAGAUAAAACAAGGAAUGAAGAAAAAACAAGGAAAGAAGAAAGAACAAGAAAAGAAGAAAGAGCAAGGAAAGAAGAUAAAACAAGGAAAGAAAAAGGAAAGAAGAAAGAACAAGGAAAGAAGAUAAAACAAGGAAUGAAGAUAAAACAAGGAAAGAAGAAAGAACAAGGAAAGAAGAAAGAACAAGCAAAGAAGAAAGAACGAGCAACGAAGAAAGAAGGAAGAAAAAGAUAA